AUGACUUGGAAUAGUGGUGUGCCUAGUGACAACUAUCACUUCUUCCCAAACUGGGGCAAAGGCCACCAGCUGGAUCCCCUUUUCCUCUUGUGCAUUUUGUCCAUAUCUACAGGUCUCUGUGAGCGAUUUCCCAAAGAAGGGCAUUUCCUUGAGCUCGUGGACUAUGCGGUCCACAUCUUCACGGGUAGGAACCUUGUCGGUCUUCUCAGCAAUCGCCCCCUUGAUUCUGUCGAGCUGUUCUUUGUAGGCAUCCUUCUAGUUCCGGUAUCGUUUCUGGUCCAGGUCACGGCGCUCUCGACCAGCUUGCUCAAUCAUAUAGUCAAGAUAAUUGAUGGUGGCGUCGUUGUAAGUGACCAUGGCGGUUUGACCGAGAUAGACAACAAACGUAGCGAGCGCUCUUUUGACCUGGGUAUCUUCGGCCGUGAUGCUCUUGAGAUUCCCCUGCACACGCUUUUUAUGAAGGACUGGAAUCGAAGAUCGAAUAUAGCAUCAAUUUCAUUCGGCUUGAACGCAAGGCAUGGCGCCCUGAAUUGGUCAUGGUCUGAAAGAGCGAUCAUUGAGGACUACGUCUCCCGGACUUCCAGAUACAAGUCAAACCCUGUACGAAAUAAUCUGAUGUAUCUGAACGAGAAAGGAGAACGGGAGGAACCUACACGGUGGACAAAGAAAAAGCUUCUUGUUCGUCCCAAGGUGGCGGGAGAGCGCAAUGAUUUUGCAACGGCUGCGAUUUGGGACCAUAAUAGGCAGCAAGUCCUAAAUGCGAAUGGUGAGCCAAGGACCUUGCAACUAAUCGCUGUCAAACUGAGCACAAGGCCGCACGGAUAUCCUGGUGGUAAACCCUGA